AUGUCAUCCGGCACCUCGUUCGCCGACCUGGUCCACCAGGCUGCCGACGUCGUCAGCCACGCAACCGGCCUCUCGACCGCCUACGAAGACGACGGCGCAGGGCCCUUUGCGCACCAGCAAGACAACGCACAACCUCACUCCCAGUCGGACCAGGACAAGGCCAACCACGCACACGACACCGCCAACGCACACGACCCAGCCCACUCGAGCCCAGACGAGGCCCAACAGAGCCGCACCUCUUGGCUCGCCGGCCUCAUCAGGCGUCAGGCACCCGGCAACCAUCCAGACGACCCCGGGGCACACGUCAAUCACCCCGGCGCCUACGACAGCACCCACGCCUCCUCAUCCCCACCACGCAGCCAUGCAGGCGAACAGCACGACGGCUCCGACCAUGAACAGCACGACGUCGCCGCUCGCAAGCGCGCCGCCCACCAAAAGCCGGGCCAGCCAGAGACAAUGCAGGGCCUCGACAAGAUCGACAAGGCCCUCGGCGUAGGCGGGCCCGUAGGCAACAAGCUCGGCGCACAGUACGACGACUCGAUCCGCCACCACGGCGACGGGCCCGCUAUCGACGCAGAGAAGCAAACCAAGCCCGUCGGAGGCGGCGCAACCGUCGGCGAACCCAUCUUUUCCGAGCGCAACCAACGCGCGGCAGAGGACAAGCACAACGUCCCCGCCGGCGUCGACGCCAGCUCAAAGGCGAGCCUCUCCGACCCAAAGGACCACGGUACCGGCGGCAACAUCCAGCCAGAGUCGGCGGACCGCGCCGCCAACCGCGGGCCCAGCUGGGCAUCGAGGCCAAACGACGAGCAGCGCGAAAAGAUCCGCAAGCUCAAGGCCGAGGCCGCCGCCGGCUUCCCCAACCGAUCCACGCCCUCCACCUCGGUGCCUCAGACGCCCUCAAAGGGGCCCGACCGCCAAAAGUCGUCGGACGGCAUCCUCGGCGGCCUCUUUGAAGGCUCCGGCAGCCGGCCUGGCCUGAGCCUGUUUGGCGGCGCCGGAGGUGUCGGAUCGCAGAGGCAGAAACGCUCCGCCAGCGCCGCGUCGUCCGAUAAGGCCAAGGGCGAGGACGACAAGCCGCCGCAGCCCACCCGGUCCGGAUCGCACUGGGCCGAGAACUCGCGGCGGUUGCGCGGCGCCUUCGAGACGCCCAUGGAGGAAGGCGAAGAGGGAACUGGCGCCGGCGGCGCCUCGGGAUCGCACCUCGGCCUCUCGCAGGUCCACCAGAGCCCGAUGCACGAGUCCGAGGGUGGUGGCGGCGGCGGCGGCGGCGGCAUAUUUGGUGGUGCUGGUGCUGGUGCAGGCGCUGGUGCCGGCGGCGGAACGCCUGGCACGCCGACAACGCAAAAGAUGCGGGCCAUCAGCAAGAUCAUGCUCGGAGGCGGGCAGAAGACGGGUUCGGGAGACGACAAGGAGGGCGGUCCCAGCGGUGCCGGUGGCGAACCGGCGCGGCAGGGCAGCGGCAGUCGCGACGACUCGGCGACGACGCCGAGCGGCCAGGCGCAGAACCGGUGGGCGCAGCUCAAGAAGAUGGUGCGCGAAAAGGCCAAAAAGGAGGAGCUCAAGAACCAGGCGGCCCAGAUGGACCUGGCCAAGGAGCUCCAGACCGGCAUCCUGCCCGUCUUUCUGUUGAAGAUGGCCAUCGAGCGCGACGAGCAAAAGCACCGCCGGAUCCCCGUGCUGCUCAACCACCUCAAGCUGCGCGUCACCGACAGCGUCAACCCGCUCCACAGCACCCACGCCGUCUUCCGCAUCGAGCUCGAGUACGGCAACGGCCUCGUCAAGUGGGUCGUCUACCGCGAGCUGCGCGACUUCAUCAACCUCCACGCCCACUACCGCGCCUCGGCGCUGCGCGGCUACCUCGGCCGCUCGAUUGGCAACGCCGAGGGCGACUUUGGCCUGCCCAGCUUCCCAAAGAUGAGCAUCCCCUACCUCAACCAGCUGCAGCGCCAGGGCCGCGUGGCCAAGGCCGACUUUGCGCGUGCCCAGCGCGACGCCCUCGAAAACUACAUCAUCGAGCUCAUCCGCCGCACCAUGUUCCGCGCCGAGGCCAACCGCCUGUGCAAGUUCUUCGAGAUCUCGGCGCUCUCGGUCUCGCUGGCGUCGCGCGGCGGCCACCAGGGCAAGCAAGGCUACCUGCGCAUCCUCUCCAAGUCGUCGCGCAAAAAUGACCAGAAAAACAUCCUGACGCCGGCGCGCUGGGCCAAGUCCAAGGAGCCCAAGUGGUUCAUUGUCCGCGAGAGUUUCAUCGCCAUCGUCAAUCAGCCCGACACGCUCCAGAUCUACGACGUCUUCCUGAUGGACAACGACUUCGUCAUUGAGCGGCCCAAGCGGCUCUACAAGCAGACGAUGCACCUCGCCCACGGCCUCACGCACAGCGACGACAAGGAGCAGCGCGCCAUCGACAGCUCCGAGCAGACGGGCGAUCCGGGCGACGUGGCCGCCGCCGAGAAGCAGGGCUCCUACGACCGCACCGCCCUGCUGACCGAGGGACAGUUCGCCGACCCGGAAAGGAAGAAGCAGGGCGACAAGGGCGGCGGCGGCGGCAAAGGCGGCGGCGCCGACGCCGACAAGGCCGACCCCAACCGCCACGUGAGCAGCCACACGUUCUACAUCCGCAACGCCGAGCGCAAGCUCAAGCUCGUCGCGCGCAACGAGCGCGUCAUGGACCAGUUCAUCGCGUCGAUGGAGAAGAUGGCCAGGCGCAACAUCUUUAGCGGCAGCAACCGCUUCGAGAGCUUCGCGCCCAUCCGCCUCAACGCCAGCGCCCAGUGGCUCGUCGACGGCCGCGACUACUAUUGGAACUUGAGCAAGGCGCUUUUGAUGGCCAAGGACCGCAUCUUCAUCCACGACUGGUGGCUCUCGCCCGAGCUCUACCUCCGCCGCCCCGGCCAGCCGAAGUGGCGGCUCGACAACAUCCUCAAGAAAAAGGCCGAGGAGGGCGUCAAGGUGUUUGUCAUCAUCUACAACGAGGUGUCCAACAACUUUACGCCCACCGACAGCAACUAUACCAAGCAGCGGCUCGUCAACCUCCACCACAACAUCUUUGUCCAGCGCUCGCCGAGCCACUUCCAGACGGGCACCUUCUACUGGGCGCACCACGAGAAGCUGUGCGUCAUCGACGAGACGAUCGCCUUUAUGGGCGGCCUCGACCUCUGCUUUGGCCGCUACGACACGCCCGCCCACACGCUCGUCGACGACGUCUACCACGAGGUCAACGACCACGGCGACGCCGUCGCCGACUCGCACCCGGAGCUCCUCGGUCCGGCGCGCGACGGCAAGGAGGCCCACGUCUGGCCGGGUCAGGACUACGCAAACGAGCGCGUCAUGGAGUGGCACACGCUCAGCAAGCCGCACGAGGACCUCAUCCCGCGCGACAAGUUCCCGCGGAUGCCGUGGCACGACGUCGGCCUCCAGCUCGUGGGCCAGCCGGCGCGCGACCUGUGCCGCCAUUUCACGCAGCGCUGGAACUUCCUGCUGCGCAUCAAGAAGCACACGCGCGUGAUGCCCUUCCUGGUGCCGCCGCCCGACUUUACGGCCGAGGAGCUGAAAAAGUACGGCCUGACGGGCAGCUGCGAGGUCCAGAUCUGCCGCUCGGCGGGGCCGUGGAGCCUGGGCACGGCGAGCAAGGUCGAGCACUCGAUCCAGAAUGCCUACCUCAAGUCGAUCCAGAUGAGCGACCACUUUGUCUACAUCGAGAACCAGUUCUUCAUCUCGUCGACCGUGGCCGAGGGCACGCGCAUCGAGAACCAGAUCGGCGAGGCGCUCGUCAGCCGCAUCAUCCGCGCCCACCGCGAGGGCACGCCGUGGCGCGCCAUUGUCGUCAUCCCGCUCAUCCCCGGCUUCCCCAUGCCCAUCGACCACCCGGACGCCUCGUCGGUGCGCCUCAUCGUCGAGCUCCAGAACCGCUCGAUUUCGCGCGGCGAGCACUCGAUCUUUGGCAAGCUGCGGCGCGAAGGCAUCAACCCGGAGGACUACAUCAGCUUCUUUUCGCUGCGCAACUGGGGCAAGCUGCGCGGCGGCCAGCUGACGACCGAGCAGAUCUACCUCCACGACAAGAUCAUGAUCGUCGACGACCGGCUCGCCAUCAUCGGCUCGGCCAACAUCAACGAGCGCAGCCAGCGCGGCGACCGCGACUCGGAGCUGGCCUGCGUCAUCCGCGACUACGACAUGCUCGACUCGACCAUGGCCGGCGAGCCGUACAAGGUGGGCCGCUUCGCCCACACGCUGCGCGUCCACCUGAUGCGCGAGCACCUCGGCGUCGACGUCGACGAGCUCGACGCCGAGGGCAGCCGCGACGCGCCCGUCGAGACGGUGCCCAACGGCAACUCGUCGAUGUACGACGACCAGGGCUGGGUCGACAGCUCCGAGGUCGACUCGCAGCUCGUCGACUCGGACGAAGAGUGGGACCCGGACAACGAGCAGACGCACAACGGCCACGGCGGCGCCACGGCCGACGCCGAGGGCGAGGGCGUCACCGAGGUGCGCCGGCGCCACCCGCGCCGCAUCUGGAAGCGGACCGCCGCCGAGUUUGCCAACCACGUCGGGCCGGGCGCCGCCAAGGAGGUGGGCAACCGCGUCAAGAGCGUCGUCAAGCGCGACGACGAGGGCGACGACGCGGGCGCCGCCGAGCACCACGCAUCGGAGCUCUUUGCCGGCGACGAGGGUUCGCACGACUCGCCCAACGCCAACGAGCGCCACGCUGCGGCGCGCGACGAGCGCGUCGACAACGUCAUCGCUGGCGGCGGCAGCGGCAUGACGUCGGACGGCAAGUACGACAGCACGCGCGAGGGCACCAUCGAGGAGAAGAUGCUGGCGCAGGACCAGCAGCAGCGCAGCAGCACCAGCACCGGCACCGGCACCAGCACCAACAGGCAGACGGACCGCCUCGGUAGCGAGGCGCCGCCAGACCGCCGGCGCGGCAGCAUGAGCUCGCGGCGCGGCGACUACGUGGGCAGCGCUGGCCUGCGCAAGUCGGCGUCGACGUUUGAGUCCAACGACGACCUGGCCAACGGCACGCUGCGGCCGCCGUCGCAGGCCACGACGCGCUCGCGGCGGCAGAGCGAGGCGACGUCGAUCUCGCCCGAGGACCUCAAGCGCAAGAUGUCGACGCGCAUGUCCAACAACCCCUGGGCGCCGCCGGUCGACGCGCCCGAGAUUGACCCGGACAAUUUCGAGGACCCGCUGAUUGACAGCUUCUACCACGACUACUGGCUCAAGAGCGCCGUGCACAACACGCAGAUCUACCGCAAGGUGUUCAAGUGCGUGCCGGACGACACGGUGGGCACGUGGGGCGAGUACAAGGCGUACUCGGCGUGGUCGGAGCGGCUGGCCAAGAGCGGCAAGUUUGGCGCAAAGGAAAACCGCGGCGAGCGCGACGCGCAGGCGCACAGCGUGCCCGGCGCGAGCGUCGGCGGGCCCGUGGGGCAGGUUGCCCCGGCGUCGCUCGCCAAAGACGGCAAGGCGGCGGCGAGUUCGUCGGUCAACGGCAACGGCAACGGCGGCGCCGACGACAAGGCCAGCAGCAGCGAGGGCGGUGGUGGUGGUGGUGCCGACGAUGGGUUGACGCCGAGCCGGUCCAAGGCGAGCGUGUCGACGUCGAGCCAUGCCGCCGAUGCUGCGCAACAGUCGUCGUCGUCGUCGUCGUCGAUUGGCGGUGGCGGAGGAGGACACGGGCAGCAAGCGUCGCAGGCCGGCGGUAGGACGUCGCAGCCCAAGCCUCCGCAGCAGCCGCAGCAGCAGCCUGUGCCGCCAUCAUCAGCGUCGCAGCCGGGCUUUUCCGACGGCGAGCUCGAGCAGAUGGAGGCGCUGCUGAUGGAGACGCGCGGCACCCUCGUCAUGCACCCGACGCGCUUCCUCGAGGCCGAAGACAUGUCCAACAACUUUCUGUUUGCCAUGGACCGCAUCAACCCGCUUCUCAUCUACGACUAG